GUUCUGCAAAUUGUUAGGGCUGGCUAUUUAGUCAUUGUUGUUCCCCCAAUCUGUUCUGAAGAACCUCCACCUUCCUACGAUGAAGAAGAAUGAGGAACGCAGUGAUAAUCGCAAGAAGCACUCGAUGAAGAGGAACAUUUCGAGGUUGGGCGGAAGUGGCCUUUCGCUCGAAGCUUUCGCCAAUGCAAAGUCCAAGAACAAGCAAUAUAAUCCAGCUCUCAUAAAGAAGCAAAGGGAGUUCUAUAAAAAUGCUAAGAAUGUGAAUAAGUUUAAGAAGUUGGUAAAGCAGCAAAACCAGCAUAAUGGUCGUUCCUUGGCUCAGGAACAUGACAAGAGUGUAAAUGAAACUGACGAGUACAAGGACAAGAGUGAGAGGAGGAUGAGGAAGAACAGUGCUUUUAGUUUGGAAGAACUGUACAGAAAGCAGCAUGAAGAGAAAGAGAAAGAAAGAAUAGAGAGAGAGGCAGUGCUGAGGGUAAGGAGGGAAGAGAGAGAACAAGCUGAAACUCGGAGAAAGGCUAUGCGGGAAAAAAUGCUUAAGAAGACCCGAAGAGGGCAACCUGUUAUGAAAUACAGAAUUGAGCAUCUUUUGGAGACUAUUCAAGGUUCAACUAAAAAUGCAGCUGGCAGUAAAUCAUAAGUAGUGGAACGAAUGUUGGAGAACAUCUUCUGUUAAAUUUUACCAGCAUCGUAAUGUUUUUGGUCGAAAGAACACGACUGAGGAACGACGCACUACAUUUAUUAUGAUUAUAGUAUAUUAUAUUGGUCACUAUACUGUUGAUCACAAUUUUGUGGCAGACUAAAUCUCCUGCUUUUCAUUUAUGUCGUGUCGUGGUUGUAUCAAAGGUUGUAAUCAAAAUUCAUUCUUGUAAUUGCUCUGUAGAAACAAUGAUAAUCGAUGCUCCUUUUUCUUCCCUUGCA